AUGCAUUUGGCUGCUAUUACUCUCUUUCUCCUGUCGUUUAUAGCCUCUGUUCACGCCCAUGUACUCCAGAAACGUGAUAUUCGGCUUAGUUCAUGGGAUAUUGGCGAUAUAAUCCUUGAUGUGCUAUACAUCCUUGUUUACCUCGCCUGCAUAGUUGUCGGAACUAAGGUCGCACGAAACCUCCCCGGCCACAGAGCUCCUUUCAUCAUUCUCAUCGUCGCAUCGUGCCUAUCGAUCCUUCAUCUUAUACUAUUGAUCCCAUUCCGCAUCGUCAACGAAAAGUCUCCUGGCAUCGUCAACGAAGAUUCUCCUGGCAUCUUCGACAGUACUAGUAGCGCGGAUAGAUUGCUGUCCGGAGUCGUCUUCUUCCAGUACUGGUCGUACAGCAUCCUGUACCUUGCCCUAGCCCUCGUCUUGUUCGAUAGGCACAGGAGUAUCCUUUUAGGAGCUUUCAACAAGCAAGAUAAGAUUGCCUUUGGAGCCUUGUUCUUGGUUAAUGCUGCUUUUGUUGCGGUUGCGACGAUUACGGCUGCGAUGUAUGCGAUUGGCGUCGAUUCGGUGGACAGGUUCUCUUUUGGGCUGCAGAUACUCCUAGCAGUAUUCUCCACGAUAUGGGGGAUUACUACUAUAGCUGUUUCAUGGACAGCAGGAUACGUGAACAGUCGCUCUCGUAGAAUCGGUGAACGUGAUAAGGUCUCGAGGCUUAUGCUAGUUGCGAUAACACCACUGAUUAUAAUCCUGUUCGCCAUCGGGGUCACAAUGACAUGGCUCCCUUUCCUCGUGCUAGCAACUCUCCUUGUUGACGGCCUAUUCUGUGCUAUUACGAUCACACUGCUUGCUCUGGGCAUGAGGCCCGAACUUUGGCGCCAUAAAUCCUCAAGAGUGGAGGAACUGGAAGGCCCAGCCGUGAACGCCGGUUAUGCUAACAUUGAUGGCUCUAUCCAGUUGAAAUACGCUGUCCGAGCGAACUAAUACUGUCUACUAUCAGGGAUUGUACUCCGGAAUUCGAAUGCCAUCACAAUCAUGUUUUCAACCCCUCCUUUCCACCCUGUCUCACUCAAUACCUUUCUCGCAUGUAGUCUGAACAAGAAUUCAGACAUUCAUGCAGUGCCGCCUACAUCCCCCGUCCAUCCCUUCACCGCC